AUGAUCUGGGCGGCGGCCAUCAAGGUUGCAGACAAAGCGAUGCCGGUUCCGGCGAGCAUCAUGCGCCAGCUCACGCGCAGCAUCCGCCUCCGAUGGCUCGCAAGCGAAGCGGUUGCAGCGCCGGACGAGGGCCAUGUGCACUUCCUCGACCUCCUUCGCGCGAUCAAGGCCAAGCUCGAGCCGUUGGUCGAGGUCCGUCAGCCGUCGACUGCGGCGCCCGUCGUCGACGCCACGAACCUCUCCAACACGUUUGGCGCGCUCUCUGUCGAGGACGACGAAGACGAUACCGACGCGCCCGACAUGCCAGCGUUUGACGUCGCAGCGUUCGUCCCGCCCGUCGAGCCGACGCGGGCCGAGGCGACGCGUGCCAAGCUCCUCGCGCGCAUCGAAGCCGAAAAGUUCCGCGCGUGGUGCUUUGUCUCGGACAUGGACGAGCUCAUGGGCGAAGUCAAGGCCGUGUGGCGUGCGUUCAAGCAGGGCGACACGACGCUAGUCGCGGCGACCGCGGUCACCAACGCCUGCGUCAAGCUCGUCGGCACCCUUUCAAGCGAGCUCCAGGUCGAACACCCGUACCUCAAGUCGCUGGACGAGAUCGCCGUGCUGCUCGGCGACCACGGCAUGCUCGAGCCGGUCACGCUCCAGUACAACGUGCCGCUCGAGCGCGUGGUCGAGGUCAUCGUGCUCUCGCGCCGUGCGGCCGUGCCCCGCAAGUACGACGACACUUGCCGCGUGGUCAUGCAAAAGCUCAAGGUCUCCUUCUCGGAGGCCGACUCGGUGCUCCAAAGCGUCAUGCGGAUCGAUGUCGUGAACCGCGGCUCGGCGCUCUUCUACACGAACCACCUCGACGAGGACGAAGACGACGCGAACGACGACCUCCUCGACUUGCAUCUGCUGCUUGUGGGUCUCUUGGAUGCGAUUCAGCCAGGAACGCGGCUCAUUUGCCGGGAUGGGUUCUUUGGCCCUACCUGGGACGAGGCUGUAGCGUCUGCGCCGACGCGCAAGGCCUUGUUCCAGACGCUCAUGGCCGAUGUGCUGCCGCCGCUCUUGCAUCAAGUGCUCGACGAGCGCGCGUUCAAGAUUGACCACCAAGACGACUUUAUGCCGUUCCACAAGCUCGUCAAGGAGUACGAGACGACGCAAGUGGUGACGCUGCCCUUUGUGUUUGCGGCGCAGUGUCUUCUCGAGUCGAUUCUAGCGGUUCAGGGACCAUCCUCCGAGACGGUCACCGUGGCCAGCGUCGGCGCCUAUGCAACGGACGUGAUGCGCCGUGUGCUCCAGCACCUCCUGACGUUCAAGACGAAGCCCGGCGAGCUGUACUCGCCGCCGCACACGACCCGCAACCUCGACAUCACGACGGCGUGGCUCGGCAACACGCUGCGCAUUGCGACCACGUACCCUGGCUUUUCCGAGAAGGAGGUCGCGCGUGCGUGGCUCAACCCGUGGAUGGCCGGCCAGCAUGUGCUCAUGACGACGAUGACGCUGGGCCUGGACACGGGCAUCUACCUCCUCGACGACAUUGGCCAAGGCCGGCUGGUGCUGCACCUCUACAACGCGCUCCGUUGCCGCGAUCGCAUUGCGCACAUUCCAGUGCUCGAGAUGCUCGCCGACCUCUUUGAACAAGGCAAGUCGGUGUGGGCGGGCAGUCGCCCGAACGCGCCCGGUGGGUUUCUCAAGGCGCACCUCAUCGCGUGGGGCUACGAGGCCAAAGACGCGCCCGUCGUGGACGCCAGGACGGCGCACCGCGACAGCAAGGACCGCCGGAGCAAGUUUCAGAAGGCGCAUGCCAAGAUGCAGCGGAAAGGCCGGACGCUCAAUGUGACCGAGCCCGAGCACCUCAGCCGCGCGUACCGACUCGCCACGUACAUGGAGGCGCCGGCGAUGCGCAACGAGAAGCUGCCGGCGAUGCACGACCUUCGGCGCACGAUGGACGCCGAGUGGGCCCACUAUCUGCACCUGGACUUUGGUGCCAUCGGGCUCCUCUUUCGGGAGAUCUGGUCGAAGCUGGUGCACGCGCUCGGCUUCUCGGGCGUCGGGCCCCAGUUUCCGCAGUUUGAUCCGGACUGGCGCGAGACCCAAGAGAACAACCAGAUCCACAACGAAAAUCUCUGCCUCCAGACGCUCCUCUUCCAGUGCGACGAAGUCCCAGAGUCGCCCAAGCUCGCGGUCGCUGCCGAGAUUCUUGCAUCGUACGCAACGCGCCUCGAAACGGAUGCACUCGUCGCCCCAGCCUAGUCGGUCGCACGAUUUUACAGUUGGCACAUACAGUAUGUACCAACCAAUACUGUCUACCUCAAAGU